AUGGUAUUUUUGUUCCCCGUGCCUAAUUCGAGCACUUUUCUUAUGGGAUAUGGUUACAUUGGUUGGAAUUGCUUUUCCGCCGCCGCUCCUUUCCUCUCCAACGCCACCACCUGGCGCGGCCCCGCCACUAUCUUCGCCCCCUUCGAUUCCUCCCUCUCCACCUGCUCCAUCCCCCUCCUCCUCCACGAACACACCCUCCCAGGCCUCUUCCCCCUCUCCUACCUCCUCACCCUCCCCUUCGCCACCAGAAUCGAAACCCUCUCCCCCGGCAAAUGCCUCACCAUCACCUUCUCCACCCACAACAACGCUAGGUCAUCCCAACCCCAAAAAGUCUUCGUCAGCGGUGUCAAGAUCACACGCCCCGACCUCUACAACGACGGGGUCGUCGCCAUCCACGGCCUCCAGGGCUUCAUCUCUCACCUCUCCCCCUACUCCUGUGAUGCCAACAAAUUGAGCUCCCUCGCCCUGCCUCACCCUCCCCCGACGGCGCCAUUCUUCCUCAUGCGCCUGAUUCUUAACGAAGCCAUGCUGCGGCUUAGCGGCGCCGAGUACGGCGUCGUCGUGCUGGCGCUGAGAGUCAAGUACCACAAGUUCGUCCCUCUGCAGUGGUCGAUGACCGUGUUCGCUCUGGACGACGUGUCGAUAUUCUCAGGCAACAGAUACGCUUACGUCACCGGCUUCCGGUCCCACGUGGUAACAAACAAUUAA